AUGUCAGCAUAUGGCGCACUCAAACCGGUUGCUGAGAACAAGGAACCUCUUCCUUUGACUGUAUAUGCGCUUCGUCCGCGACAGAGCACACAGGCCACACCUUCGACAUUAAAUACUCCAUCGGCUAGCUGGACGCACAUCUCUGUCUAUCAUUUGACUCUUGCAAGUACCCCAAAAGAGCUCCUCGCAGUCUUGUAUGCAGAAUUUGCAGCCGAGUUGGAGCGCGAUAUCGCGAGGACGUAUCCACAAGAAGCGGGGAUGACAGAAGAAGAGUUUAAAGCAUAUUUCUUUGCGAGAGACGUCUUUGUGGGUGUUGGACUCGUUGAAAUAAACGUGCCCAGAGAUACAAUCGAACAGGCGAGGGGUAACAGAGAAUGGAAAGACGCUGUGGCUGGUUUUUACUAUAUUAAGCCAAACUAUCCCGGCCACUCAUCCCACAUAUGCAAUGCUGGAUUCGUUACACUUGCGUCUGUACGCGGACGAGGCUUGGGCUACGCACUAGGGGAAUCCUUCCUGCACUAUGCGCCUCUUCUCGGCUAUCGCGGCUCCGUCUUCAACCUCGUCUACGCAGACAAUCCUGCAAGUAUCAAGAUCUGGGACAAACUAGGCUUCACUCGUAUCGGUCUUGUACCGGGCGCAGGAAAGCGGGUUCGGAAGCGAGAAUCGGACGGCAUGGACGAAGAGUACUACGUCGACGCACACAUCAUAUUCAAGAGCUUUGUCUGA